CGCUCUGGAUAUUGAGACUUCCGGUCCCGGACCGUCCGCUUCCGUCGCCGCGGCGGGACGGGCGGAAGUGGGGCGGGCGGAAGCGGGCGGCCAUGGCGGCGGCGGCGGCGGCGGGUCCGGGGGCCCCGCGCACCAAGACCAAGAAGAAGCAGAAGCGCUUCGUGCCGCAGCGCGUCAAGGUGCCGCGGGCGGCGGAUCCGCUGCUGGCCGUGCUGGCCUGGGGCGUCAACCACCAGAUCAACGAGCUGAGCCAGGUGCCCCCCCCCGUGAUGCUGCUGCCCGACGACUUCAAGGCCAACUCCAAGAUCAAAGUGAACAACCACCUGUUCAACCGGUCAGCGGGGAAACGGGGGGGGCAUAAAGGGUUGGGGGGACAUAAGGGAUAUGGGGGGGUCAUAAGGGAUAUAGGGCCCCCCCCCCCCGCCCCAUUCGCCGCGAGGGACCCCCGGGCCCCAGCACCUUUGUUGCCCUCGGAGGCAGUCGGGCAGAUUACGCCACUGCGCGUGUCGGAGUGGUAA